UAUUUUAAUAUUUUAUAUAGUAUGUGAACUACCUGAAGGUAAUAAUUGCCAUUGUGAGUAGUUUUAAUUUACAAACUAAAAAUGCUUGCUGUUUAUGUUUUAUUUAGCUUUUUGUGUUUUGCUGUUCCCCCCAGUAAAACUGUUCUAUUCAUGUGCACAGCACAUCACAUAUGCAAAUCAUUUUUUGUUUUCUUUUUGUAAAUAAUAAAGUUUGUGCUUGAGUAAAUAGACCCACAGCAUCUGAGGCCAAUGUAAACACCUUUCAGUUGCCAUCACAGUAGUUUCUAUAGUAGAGCCCAGGGGGCCUCUGUUGAUCUCUGGCUCUAAACAUGUCCAACAGACGGCGCAACCCUGCCGAAUACUCAAAAUAAAAACACACUGUGAAGCGUCUGAAAGACAAUUAGUAAGAGUGCCACUGCAGUGUCAGUGAACGCAGCAGGGUGCCGUAGCCCAGCAGCACCCACAUGCGCCCCGUGGAGUCAACAGCAGGCUCGUGUCUGGCACAGAGCGACGCCCUUGUCACACUGCUCUCAUCAGCACCACCCUCAUAUCCCAACAGCAAGGCUCGUCAAGGUACUGCAUGCAAUCACGAGCAGAGCAAACCCGGAAGUGUAGCAAUGUGCCAUACGGUAAAGAAUAGCUGAUUUUAUUUCGGAGGCAGGGCUCUCGUCGGUUGUUUAAUAUUGAUUUAUUAACAAGUCGUUUCGAUUUUAACACACAAAUCGACAAAUCUGCAGAAAUUAAGUGCAGUUUAUUUUGAAAGCAACUUCCGGAAAAUGUAGUCCGCACAUUGCCUUACUUGACUGUGGUCCAUCUGGCAGGCUCCCUUCCCUUAGGAUGACUGGGAGUGACGCAGGGCAGUCGGAAAAAACUGGGGCUUGAGGGUGAGGACGGGGAGAGCGGCGGUGAUGCAGGAAGGACUGCAUCUGUAAUUCGACUGGCUUCGACCCGAUGCAUGGCCUCCCUGGCUGCACAGAGGACACGAGAGUCACCUAUGCGCUGGCUCGGCGGUGACAAAUAGGCUAAUAAGAAGGAACCACCACCUCAUCCCCGGGGCGGAUCGGGUCGCACGCUCCCAGGAUCGCAAAGGUGUCCGUCGCAUUCGCUUGGAGGAUAUUCGCGCACCCCGGUCCGUCGUUUUAAUUCACAAUAAUUCCACCAUGAACUACCUACGUCGACGACUGUCGGACAGCAAUUUCAUGUCCAACCUGCCCAAUGGCUACAUGACCGAUCUCCAACGCCCCGACCCGCCGCAGCAAAGCCCCGCAGUGUCGCCCGGGCCGUCCGAGAGGCGCCAGUCCACCAGCCAGCAGCCGCCGGUGGGAGGAGGAGGCGGCGGCGGCGGCGGCGGCGGCGGAGGAUCCAGCUUCUUCUCGUCCAUCUCCAACGCCGUCAAACAGACCACGGCCGCGGCUGCGGCGACCCUGUCCGAGGCGGCGGACCGGGCCGGAGUCUCCAGCAGCGCCAAGCUCCUGCUGGUGAUCGACGACCAGCAGACCGACUGGGUGAAGGUGUUUAGAGGACGGAAGGUCCACGGUGAAUUUGACAUCAAGGUGGAACAGGCCGAGUUCUCUGAAAUCAACCUGGUGGCGAACGCUGCAGGCUCGUACAGCGUGGACAUCGAUGCCAUCAGGAAUGGACACAAGGUCACUAAAACCGUCAAACCAGACUUUGUGCUGAUUCGGCAACACGCCUUCAGCAUGGACAAGAACGGGGACCACCGGAACAUGGUCAUCGGACUGCAGUACGCCGGGCUGCCCAGUGUCAACUCUUUGCACUCGGUCUACAAUUUCUGUGACAAACCGUGGGUGUUCGCUCAGAUGUCUAGACUUCACAAGCAACUGGGCCCGGAGGAGUUCCCACUGAUUGAGCAGGUUUAUUAUCCCAACCACAAGGAAAUGAUCACCUCCCCGCGGUUCCCCGUAGUGGUGAAGAUGGGCCACGCUCACUCAGGAAUGGGAAAGGUGAAAGUGGACAAUCAAUACGACUUUCAAGACAUCGCCAGCGUCGUGGCACUGACCAAGACCUACGCUACGUCUGAGCCUUUCAUUGACGCAAAGUAUGACGUGCGCAUCCAGAAGAUCGGCAGCAACUAUAAAGCCUACAUGAGAACAUCAAUUUCUGGUAACUGGAAAACCAACACGGGUUCAUCCAUGCUUGAACAGGUGGCCAUGUCAGAUAAAUACAGGAUGUGGGUGGACUCAUGCGCUGACAUCUUUGGAGGGUUAGACAUCUGUGCUGUGGAGGCUCUGCAUGGGAAGGAUGGCAAGGACUACAUUAUAGAGGUUGAUGACUGUUCGAUGCCGCUGAUCGGGGACCAGCAGGACGAGGAUCGUGUUCAGAUCGCAGAACUGGUGGUGUUUAAGAUGAACCAGACAGUUCCACGAACGUCAAGCCCCGCUGCAGUCCGUGCAGCAGCAGGACAGCCGGCACAGAAAGCGGUGUCUCCUCAACCUGUCUCACAGCCCAGAGUACCCCAGGCUCAACAGCGCCCCUCUCCUCAAGGUGGUCCUCAGCAAAGCCCCCCAUCUCAGCAGCGUCCACAGCCUCAGGGCCAGCCGCCUGCGCAGGCCCAGAAAUCGCCCGCCAGCCCCUCAGCAGGCGACCCCAGUGCCCAGCCGCGGGCCCCGGGCCAGGGGCCUCCUCAGGGCCAGAGGCCGCCUUCCGGCCAGGGCUCCUCUCAGCGAAGUCAAGGAGGUUCCCCGCAAGCUCCCAGACAGCAGUCUGUGCAGAAACCCGCUGCAGGAGGAACGGGCCAGAAGCCUGCGGGGGGUCCCCCCCAGCAGAGGCCUGCCCAGCCCCCUAGGCAGCCGUCACAGGGGGGGCCACAGCAGCAGAGGGCCGCCGCCCCCACAACCCAGCAGCCCCGACCCGCUGCCCCUGGAGGACGGCCCCCGCUGCAGCAGAAGCCCCAGCCCCCGCAGAAGCCCAGUCAGGACAACCCGGCGAUGGGCGGCUCGCCUCAACUAAACAAAUCCCAGUCUCUUACCAAUACCUUCAACAUUCCAGAAACCCCAGCGCCGCGGGCCAGCCUUAGCCAGGACGAGGUGAAGGCCGAAACCAUACGCAAUCUACGCAAAUCUUUUGCCAGCCUCUUCUCUGACUGAGGCGGCAUAAGACCCCCCCCCCCCCCCCUCCUCCUCCUCCACCACCACCACCACCACCCCACUCCCCUCCCACACCUCCUUCUGCUGACAGACAGAUGGACAGGCAAACUGAAGGACAGAUUGCGUCUUCCCCCCAAGAACUUGGACCAACAGGAACACGUCAACUGAUGUACAUGGACCCCGUCACGUGUACACACUUGGCACCCACUGCCUAAAAAGUUCAAAUCUUUUAAAUUUAUCAAAAAAAAAGAAAGUCCAACACGCGUGAACCUUAGGCACUGUUGUCUGAAACAUUCCUCACCUCACGCCAGUCACCCGCACACGCAACCACACAAACGCCCGUACAUGCAUGAGCACCCGUACACACAGAAACACGAACCACACCGUCCCGCUCCCACUCGUCGUCGGUGCCGUGGCGUCGUUGUGACCUUUUGCGUUCGCGUCUUGAUGGUUCACAGAUCAACCGGAUGAGUCAGGGAGCUGCACAAGGAUUAUUGAAGUGAAGUGGGAGUGGACUCAAGGCUAUAUUUAAUUUUCUUUUCUAAAAAUAAAGGCUUUCCUUCCUGCGUUUUGGACAACGAGCUGCUAAUAAAAUUAAGUGGUACAAGCAGCAGCUCUACAGCAAAAAUCUCACGAUGCAAAUGUUUGACCUCUGAAGAGAAACUAGAGCAAAUAUUCCUCUAAUAAUUUUUGUACAGUGCUUAACUCAUAGCUGUCCGGUGUUAGCUUAGGCCAGAUCUGUUUGAGCCGUUGGACACAUUAAUGGAGACUUAGCUGCAUGCUGACAGGAGGCAAUGGUUGCAUCUCCCAACCCCUGACAUUGGCGCUUGUAACUGUGUCGUCACGCGUAGUUGAACCCCCCCCCCCGCCCGCCAGUCCAGUAGUCCAGUAGGUGUUGUGAGUGUGUUGUUGCUGCCACCUUCCUUCCAGUUUCGUUCUAUUGCACAAGUUCAAAAGCUGUCCACCUUUCGACGCAUGCCUUACACAGACAGGGCGGUCAGAUCAAAUGGAGCUGUCUCAGGGAUGUCCACUUGAUUGUGACACUUGUGUGGGUGAGGGUCUUAGGGAAAAGGGGGUCGCCAAGCUAGAAUGUUUUUAUGAUUUCAAACGCACUUGCACACAGUAUGCUAAAUAAAAAGACUAAUAAAAUGAUACUUGAAUACAGUGACAUGGUCACUGACUGAUGUACAAAGUCUGUGUUCUCAGGUUUGUUCAUCUGUCACUUGACAAAGCAACAAAAGCAACAGCCCCGUCUGUGACGGGUGCAAUACAGUAGGACAGAGCCGAGGCCCAGUGCAGAGCUGUUAGGUCACCGAUAGACUCCUUUUUCAUGGUGCAAUCAUUUCAAAGCAAUGUAAUGAGGUAACCUAAUGAACCUGCUGCAUGCCUGAUGCUCGGUGGAUUGUGUCAGGGUCAGGUGGGAAGUAGCAGAGCCUCCGUUUCCACAUUUGCCUCUCGGUUUUUAACGGGUUCACAGUCUAUAAGGAGACGUCACGCUCCACAGCAAACCUCAGCCAAGGAAUGUUACACACUGUAUAUGCGGCUCACCUACUGUACACAGUAAAGUGAAUGGUACAGGCACCUCUGCAUUAAAACCCUGCCACUGCUCCCUGCUUCUUGAUCAACACUCACUCCAGACCAGUACACAACCUUACGGUUACUGGAGAGCUUUCGUUUCAGUUUCAAGGCUCGACAAACGUCUUCCAGAAGGAGCGCUUUCCAUUUGAAUGUCAACGUAGUACGGCAAUAUCAUGCUUUCUAGAGAAGACCCAAUAGCCAAAAGUAUAAAGAAGUCCUGAAUCCCCCCUGCAGAUUCUCCACGCUGCCUGUGUUUCAGUCUGUUUGUGUAGCCACAGUGACCCCUUGUGCUCAAUGGUGCAUAAACGUGUGAAUGUUGUUCUGUGACUGGUCAGACUCAAUAGUUGUGUUGUACAGAGCUCAGAGUGAUCCGGAUCGUCACAUUUACCCCCCCUCGCUGCUAUUUGUGCUUGUUGGUAUUCUUCGUGUCCUAUCGGUUUCCUUUUCCAUUGGAUUCUUUGCUCCUCACUCGCCUCCGUUUGCUGCGUGAGCACUAGUGAUGCCGGUCUUCUUUUAAAAAGUGUCGGUACGCGACCGCGGCGUCGCCAGCUGCCGCGCGGAUCAGUAGGAGUAGCCUCGUGUCAUCGUUACACUGACUGUGUAAUUUAUGAAAAUGAGCCAUCACAAUCAGCAUGGAUGAUUAACUUUGUGAAGUGUAGUUACUGUCACUCAGAAGCUUGUUGGCCAUAUUAAGAGAAACCCAUUUCCCAUUUUAUGGACAAGAUGGACUGUGGCACAGAUGCAAGAUAAAAAAAUAAUAAUUUUAUGUACUUGUGUUUUUGAUAUUCAGAUUAGUUUUUCCUUUUGAGAGGUUUCCAUCAUUUGUGGUGAAUAUAUUUGACUGUGAAUGUACUUUUCUUUGUUACUGCUAGUUUGGUUUUCAACGCAUUGUAUAAUCAUUGUGAAAAGAGUGGAUCCCUGCGAACUUGACUCAGUCGAUGCUUGUCAGACUUAAAAUAUCCUAAAUGUAAGUGCAGAAAUCAAGCUGAGGUUUUUGAAAACAAGAUAUACCAUAAUGUACAUCAUAGUUGGAUUAUUGAAUUACGUGUAAAACAAUUGAUGUUAUAUGCAAUGUAGCUAUAUAAUGUGAAAAUGAGUAUGUUACUAAACAUGCAUAUGUCUAAUAAAGUCUAUGAUCAACA